AUGAUUGGCCUACAGCAAGUACCUCUGCUGGCCAUGGCCAAGCCCUCAUGGCGAGCGGUCGGAACGUCCUGCCGAGCUCCAGCACAGCGACGACGUUCCGACAAUCCCCCGUCGACGCUCCUGACGCUCUCGGAGAUUUACCCCCCCCCCCAUCUCAACUUGCAACCUACCGACGGGCGCCAUCUCGACUUCGACCGCGACGCCCGCGCCGAGUUCGAAGAUUGCCAGCAGAGCAGCCAGCAGUUGUCUCACGCGAUUGCCCCGCCGAACCUUCGCCCACCCGCCAUCACCAUGUCUGCCAACGGCGACCACAAAUACGACGACAUCGAGUCCGAGUCCGACUCGGGCGAGUCGUUUGACGGCCACCACGACGUCGGCGACGGAUUCGAGGGCAAGUCUCUCAAGUCGGCCCUCAAGAACCCGAACCCCGUCAUCCCCGACAACACCGUCCAAAGGCCCCCGCUGCCCCCGCAAACCGAUCCGAAAGAUCUUGACGUCGCCAGCCUCACCCCCCUCACCCCGGAGAUUAUCGCUCGGCAAGCGACGAUCAACAUUGGGACCAUCGGCCAUGUCGCCCACGGCAAAUCAACCGUCGUCAAGGCCAUCUCGGGCGUCCAGACAGUUCGCUUCAAGAAUGAGCUGAUCCGCAACAUCACCAUCAAGCUGGGCUACGCCAACGCCAAGAUAUACAAGUGCGACAACCAAGAGUGCCCGCGACCCGGCUGCUACCGAAGUUACAAGAGCGAGAAGGAGGUUGAUCCUCCUUGCGAGCGCGACGGCUGCAAGGGAACCUACAGGCUACUGCGACACGUCUCCUUUGUCGACUGCCCCGGUCACGACAUUCUCAUGAGCACCAUGUUGUCGGGCGCCGCCGUCAUGGACGCCGCCCUCCUCCUCAUCGCCGGCAAUGAAUCGUGCCCCCAGCCUCAGACGUCGGAGCAUCUGGCUGCCAUCGAGAUCAUGAAGCUCGACAAGAUCAUCAUCCUGCAGAACAAGGUCGAUCUCAUGAGGGAAGAGGCCGCUCAGCAACACUACAGCUCCAUCCUCAAAUUCAUCCGCGGAACGGUCGCCGGCAAGUCGCCCGUCAUCCCCAUCUCGGCCCAGCUCAAGUUCAACAUCGACGCCGUCAACGAGGCCAUCGUCAACACCAUCCCCGUGCCUCCUAGGGACUUCAGCAUGGACCCCCACAUGAUCGUCAUCCGAUCGUUUGACGUGAACAAGCCCGGUGCCGAGAUUGACGAGCUGAAGGGUGGUGUUGCCGGCGGUAGCAUCCUGCACGGCGUUGUCAAGCUCGGUGACGAGAUUGAGAUCCGACCCGGCAUCGUCUCCCGCGACGACAGCGGUGCCCUGAAAUGCACCCCCAUCUUCAGCAGGAUCGUCUCCCUCAACUCCGAGGCCAACGACCUCAAGUACGCCGUCCCCGGUGGUCUGAUCGGUGUCGGUACCCGCAUCGACCCCACCCUCUGCCGAGCCGAUCGUCUCGUCGGCUUCGUCCUCGGCCUCAAGGGCAGGCUUCCCGAGAUUUACAGCGAGAUCGAGGUCAACUUUUACCUCCUCCGCCGCCUGCUCGGAGUGAGGACCGCCGACGGCAAGCAGGCCAAGGUGGCCAAGCUGGCCAAGAACGAGGUCAUCAUGGUCAACAUCGGUUCCACCUCGACCGGUGCCAAGGUCGCCGCCAUCAAGAACGACGCCGCCAAGCUGGUCCUCACCAGCCCCGCCUGCACAAACAUCGGCGAGAAGGUUGCCUUGAGUCGACGUAUCGAGAAGCACUGGCGUCUCAUCGGUUGGGCAACCAUCGCCGCUGGUGUCACUCUGGAGCCCAGCACGACGUCGUAA